CUGUUGAAGCGAGUGAUUUGCAUAUUGGUGAGAACCAAUCAGCGCGCUCCUCCAAGACCUUCCCCUCUGCCCGCACCUGCAGAGAGGUGAGACAGGGUCGGUCUCACCUGCAGGUCACCACACCCAAAGUAAAGACCUUGCAAAGCCACGGGGUGGCGUAGUGCAUGUGAUCGUGCUGCGUCCUCUCAUGCGCAAGGUGUCGCUAUUUCUUUUUUUGCUCGCUGGUAUCGGGACGCUCAUUUCUCUCCAGUGCUGGCAAUGUGGUUUUCCAAUAUGGCAGAUGUGAAAAGAUAGCAUUAUUAAACUGCACGGGAAGAAUGAGAGAAGUUUCAAUGCUAAAAUUAUAUGGACUUGUUUUUUUUCUAUAAUAUAUAACAUUAGCGUCAAGUUAUUACUUUCGAGGGAACACAAAUCAAAUGUAAAAUGAAAGACUAUUUCACUUGUCAAAGUGUACUGUAUAGUACAAGGAAUUGCUUGGGAAUACAUGACUGUAUUUUAUUUCGUGUUUUUAGCUUCUGCUAUUUCGACUCUCCCGUGAUGUGCGCUGCUGUAUCCCGGGAGCGCCUCAUCGCAGCCUCCCAACAGUGCCUGCGCACCGGGAAGAGGAAAGGCUUGCCCCCCGCCGUCAGCUUGAACCUCGCUGCCCAAAUCCUAGCCGUGGAUGCGGGGUUUAAACCCGCCUUUCUUUAUGACUGCAACGCCGCCGGAGCUGAGCAAAUGCGACUUUACCUGCAAACGCUGCUGGAUACGGGCUGCUUAACCCGCCCUCCACGCGUCUUGGACAUAGAUGGCAACGUCGUUGUCAUCAACACGCAACAAGCAAUCUACCGCUUAGAAAAGCUACUUCUUAAAAACCAAGUGACGGUCAUCGAUGUGUCCCGGGCUCGGGGUGAGCCUGCGGUGGCCGACGCUGGGGUCAGAAGCGCCGUUGAGCACCUAGUGACUGUUUUUGUGGAUUAUUUAAAAAGUUUGAGCUGGGAUGAUGCACUGUCCGUGGCCCCGGUCGUGCAUCUCCCGGAGGAGUUGCCCUCGAAGUGGAACCUGUGCACGCUGUUCGGUUUGCUGCUGGGCUACCCGGCCGCCUACUGGUUCGAUACCGAGAAAAGCGCCGAGAAUUGCCUGAGCAUGACCCCGCUUCGUGUUACCGCCGUGUCCGCCUCCUGCUCUCUCAUCGCGGAGAUGCCUCCAGUCCGGCUGUACUCGUUCACAAUCCCCGAGGCUCUUUGGACCGAGACGCAGGGCUUAAUGGACACCUGGACCCAGGAUCUAGAGGACCGGUUCCGACAGCAGUCCGUUUUUACUCGCCUGAUUAUCGCCGCUGAGACUGUUGCUUUACCAGCAGUCGCUCUUUGAACAGAAGGGAUGUCUAUCCACGCAAACUGAAAAAACAAGGAUAACUCAACUCGAAUCCCACCUGAUUGAUUUCUAGUUCUGAAACGUUUACACUUUUAUUUUGCUUUUUAGAAAUCAGUGCCGAUGCCAAAUAAAUGUGGAUAAUUUUGAA